AUGCCCAUAUUCAAGGGUUUGAAGAGUAAACUCGGUGCUGGGGAACCCAAAAAGGAAACGAAGGCCAAGCCACUCCCUCCUCGACUCGCCUUCACGGAGCAAACCUACCCCGACGAAUACAUCAUCAAGAAUUUCGACGACCUCUUUUCCAAGACAGUCCGAGUUUGGAGAGGCGGUGACUGGAAUAAGAAUGUAAGAAAUGGUGCCACAGGCGCACUAUUCGAAUCAUCCCACCACGUGCCCGGCGAAGGCGCUAAGGAUCGUGCGGCUUUCAAGGACGGCAAGUUUGGAUUUUGCCUAGAGUGGAUCAACUUCUUGUACGAGGGAAAAGUCUAUCGUGUCCGCUACCACCCCAAAGCAGUGUACAAGGACGGCCCAAACCGCAUCUAUGAUCUCUUGAAUUGGGGCGAGACGAUCAGAUAUGGUAUGAUCAAAGAUAUCGGCGCUCCAGAGGUUCCUUUGACGGAUGAACAGCGGAGAUUGCAGGCCGUGAAGGAUCUCAAAGAGCUAGAAAACAGGCUAGGUGUGGCGUAUGACGAUGGUCAACCUGCCGAAGAACUGACUAAUCAGGUGGAAAUCAUGCGGAGAGCGAUCAGUAACAAAAGUUACUUGCUUGAGGACAGAUCAAACGCCGCGCCCCAACCCUCUGCUCCUGCCACUAUUCUCAACUCCAGGAAAGCUUUGAGUAACAAUGCGCCAGGUAAUCCAGACCUCGACGCCAAGGCCAAGCGUAAUCCGAACAAUGCCGCAAAAGGAGGCAAGACGGCCUUCACAAGAGCCUUGGACUCGAUCAAUGAGCAUCCGGGAUCCUGA